AAACACACUCGUUGUCAACCCUACCAUCCCCAAACUGGUCCCGUUCGUUCCACUCCCCCACUCCGAACUUAACCCAACCCAUUUGUUCUUAGCUAGAGCCACCACCACCAUUGCCAACACACAUGGCCAUCAGAUCACCUUGAACCUACCUAGCUAGCGAGCUAAUCUCCUGUAGUUCAGUAGCUAUCUAGCUAGCUUGCCCUAGCUACCUUGCCGGCGAGCUAGGCGGUGGCCGGCUGGCCGGCGAUGAGCGAGCACGACGCGAAACACGUCGGAGACGUGCCGGCGGCCGCGGGCAUCGAGUCGUUCUCGCAGCUGCCGUUCGUGCGCCCGAGGCCGGCGGCGAUGGCCGGCUCCAGCCCCGCGUCGUCCAUCCGGCUGUUCGGGUUCGAGCUCCCGCCCGACGGCGUCGUCUCCGCCGCCAGCAGCGACGUCGUCACCGCCGCGAGCACCACCGCCGCCGCCGCUGCUCUCGGGCAGGUGACCGCGUCCGGAUUAGGAGGCGGCGGCGGCGGCGGCGGGCGCAAGUUCGAGUGCCACUACUGCUGCCGAAACUUCCCGACGUCGCAGGCGCUGGGCGGGCACCAGAACGCGCACAAGCGGGAGCGGCAGCACGCGAAGCGCGCGCAGUUCCAGAGCGCCAUGGCCAUGCACGCGCACUACCCGGCCUACCCUGCCUACGCCAGCUACUACGGCUCGCACCGCUUCGGCCCCUCGCCGCCGCACAUGGCGCCGCCGCCGCCGCCGCCGUACCCCUCGUGGUCCAACCACCACCACCUCCCGCCCGGCGGUCCCGCGCCCAUGGUGGCGGCGAGGUACUACGGCCCGGCGCCGCCAGGCUCCGUCUCGCACCCGAUCAACGGCAGCCCGGUGGUGCCGGCCGCCGCUGCGCUGUGGCGUGUCCCCGCCGCCGCCAUCGCCGUGGCGGCGGCCGCCGCGCCGCUGGCGCGCCAAGAACGGCAGCCGCCGCUGUCGCUGGCCGGUGGACGCGAGGAGGAGGACGCAAUGGUGGAGGUAAGGAGAGGGAACGGGGUAGGCGGCGCCGCCGCCGCGGUGGUGCAACUGCAACCCGGCUCGCGGCUGUCGCGGUCGUCGUCCUCGUCGUCGUCGGCGUCGUCGUCUUCGCAGCAUCACCACGAGCGCCGCCGCCUGGGAGACCUGGCAGAGAUUAACCGGGAGAAUGUGAGCUUGGAUCUCACCUUGUAAUUCUCCAUGAGAAUUGAGAGAUGCGUGCGCGAUUAAUUAGCGGGUUCUUGCCUUCUUGGUAAGUGCGAAUUAAGAGAAAAAAAUAAUUCUUUUUCUUUA